AUGCAAAAAUCUGAGGAGCAUCCAAAGGCAGCUAACUCCACAAUUUUCGAUUUGCUCAUAGAUCUCAAAGCUGCUCAGUUUGCUUUGUUGGCGCAAGCCUUCAGCAAAACAGGUGUUGUUCUUGAUGAUGUUGUCUAUUCACACAAAGAUAUGGUUGCAUUCCAUUCCUCUUUUAGUCAAUUGGUUAUUUGCAGAUUCUAUUCGGCUGUGUUGAAUGACUCGCAAAAUACUUCAUCGAUCGAUAAUGAAUACAAUAAAUUCGUUAUUAAGUUGUAUUGCAAUAAUCUCAACGUCAACAAUCAUGAUCAACCUGUUGCUAGAUGUGGGAUUCCUUCUGUUUCCAAAACCAUUUACACCGAAAGACAUAUUUGGGUCAACCCUAAUCAGUUCAGCGACUUAACUCCUCGUCUAGGUCAGAAUGAUGGCAAUGGUCAACAGCCGAUUAGUGUUGAAAAAGAAGCUUCAGAAUUGUAUGAAUCUUUUGCUGCCCCAUCUGUUGUUGCGUUGACUUCUACAAAUUUGCAUGAACUUCCAGGUCAUCAAGCUCAAACUGUUACACAACAUUUAUCAAAGCAAUGA